UAGUCUACAAGUCCAGUUUCCAAACAUAACCAAAAUGUUAUAAAUUCAAACUUCAAUUUCACACACUUUCCCCAAAUACCUUCUGCAAAUUUACCCAAUUCGUGCAAGAAGACGACAGCCAUAUCGAUUCCUUCACACACACCAAAAACAACAAAGUAUAAGCAUGGAUUCCGCCUUAGCAAAGGAAAUAGAGGAAGCAGUUCUACAAGUAUUAAACAAUUCCGACAUGGAUUCCACAACAGAAUAUCAAGUCCGUAAACUAGCAUCCGAGCAGAUCGGAAUCGAUUUAUCGGAACCUUCACGGAAGAAACUCGUACGGAGUAUCGUCCAAACGUACCUUGAGGAACAACAGGCUAAAGCAGAGGCUGAGGAAAAAGUCACUGAAGAAGGUGAACCAGUGGAAGAAGAAGAAGAAGAAGACAGUGAGGAUGAUAAGAAGAAGCGUAAAGGUGAUAAGGAGUAUGAUGAUGAAGGAGAUCUCAUUGUUUGCAGACUUUCUGAUAAAAGAAGAGUGACUCUUACUGAGUUCAGAGGGAAAAGUUUGGUGUCUAUAAGGGAGUAUUACAAAAGAGAUGGCAAAGAGCUUCCAAGUUCUAAAGGUAUCAGUUUGACUGCUGAGCAGUGGUCAGUCUUCAGCAAGAAUGUACCUGCAAUAGAGAAGGCCAUAAAGAAAUUGGAUGGAAGGUAUUGAUCAUUAGCCGGCAACUUGAAGCUCCUUGGCAUCCUCGUCUUUUCAAUCAAACCUUAUCUGUAACUCCUAGAUUUCUUAUAUUAAUGCACAUGUUUUGUGCGUUUUUGAACGGUCUCAUGAUUCUCGUCCAUUGUUGGAAACAUGUUAAGAACCGACAAGCAGGUUAUAUGGCAGACGCAUAUUUGAUAGCGAGUGUGGAUGCAAACCUUCCCCUCUUACCAACAUCUUAAUGUAGACUGUGUUUUUUGGAAUUCUAAUGGUGGAGAAUUGGAGAUGUUCAUUUUGCAGCAUGCAUUUUGCUGCAAAAUCAGUUGGAAUA